UCACUCCUGCAGACAGAAACCGUCACCAGAGCAGCUCAAGACGACUGCAAAACAACAAGUACCUUUUUUGUUUCUACUCAGAUUAAAUAACUUUAAAACGUUUUUUAAAAUGCUGCCUGCGACUUUCAAGCUGUGUGCAGGCAUCUCCUACCGACACAUGAGCAACAUGACAGGGAUUCGAAAGAACGCCAUGGUUGCUAUCAACCAGGAGCUGAUUCGCCUGGCAAGGCCUGAACCUACCAACUGGACCGGCCAAGUCCGGAGAAGAAGCUCCCUCCUCAGUUCUCGUAUCCAGGAAAACGAUGUGUACAGUGCGGAGGAGAAGCUGUACGUGAAGCAGGGAGACCAGGCGCUGCAGAUGGGCAUCAGCAUCCUCAGUGACCAGGAGGGCUGGACCCUGGAAACCACUGCUGCUAAUGGUGAUAAAGUCUUCAGCAAGAUGCUACCAGACAACAGGAAAGUGUUCAAACUGGAAGGGAUGAUCGAGCAGCCUCCUGACAGUCUCUAUGGAGAACUGGUGGUUAACAUGGAGCAGAUGGGCGACUGGAACCCAAAUGUCAAACAGGUCAAGGUACUUCAGAGGGUCGGUCAGCACACAAUGGUGACCCAUGAAGUGUCGGCAGAGACGCCGGGCAAAGUUGUGGGGCCGAGAGAUUUCGUCAGCGUUCGCUGCACAAAACGACGGGGCUCUUCGUGUUUCCUGGCUGGAAUGUCGACACAACAUCCAAACAUGCCUGAGCAGAAGGGGGUCAUCAGGGCAGAGAACGGCGUUACCUGCAUCGUUCUGAAGCCCUGUGCAGAUGAGCCGAACAAGACCAAGUUAACCUGGUUACUAAAUUUAGACCUGAAGGGCUGGAUCCCGAAGACGGUCAUAAACAGAGUGCUCUCUCAGACGCUGGUGGACUUUGCCAAGCACCUCCGGCUGAGGAUGGCCGACACCGUUUCUAUGGAGAUGGCUCAACCAUGCUGAGACCUGAUGAUUCUUCAGCCUUGGCACCGCAGCAAAAAAGCAACUCUUCCAAACGACACCGCAUGAAUCUGCUUUAUCUGCUCGAAAUAACCUGGAACCAAACUGAGGGUAUUGAAGAGAUGAGGCGAAGAUGAUUCCUGGUCUGAGUCUGAGCCCCCGUCUUAUUCUACAUUGCUUCUGUUGUAGCCUCUUAGCAGUGAGCUCCUGUGGUUUAGAGUCAUUAACAUCUGGUUUAUUGUGUGUAUCUUCUAUGUUUAUUUAUUGAUGGUCUAUGUUGUAUAGUGGUGAAGGCUGUCGGGAAUGUUGAUAGUUAAAAUGAGCUUUCAUUAUGUACAUAGAAGAGAAUGAGCACUGUCCUUGUGUGACGCUUGAGUACUUGAAUAAAGUCUCAAAAAAAGC